AUGAUCGAGGAUCAUUUGAUUGCUACUCCCAGCAGCACUGUUAAUAACUCCCCGUGGCCCACGUCUGAAAACCCGCUCGCAAGCCCGCCAGCAAGAAAGACUCCCAGGGCUAGCCACCAAAGCAGUAAUGAUGAUCUCUUCGAUUGGGUCCGUCCUCAAGACUUCGCACUACAAACAGAGCAACUGAGCUCCAGCUUGCAAGACUCCGGUCAGCCGCUCGGAUUCUGUGGGCCCGUGGACGGCACUCUCCUGGGCAUGCAACCCACUUUCUCGAACUUUGCUGAUCCAACCCGUCGCUCCUUUACAGACGUACAACCCGACGUUGUGUCGCGAUGUCGCCUGUGGUCAACGACUCCCAAGCAACCAUACGAUCGCAGUGGAUCCCGAGGUGAAGAAUCUAGAGAAGGGGGGUUUGCUAGCUUGUUGGACCAUUGCGCGAGGCUUCAGCGACAUCUCAUAACGACUGACGAGGAUACCUCUACAACCUCGGAAGAGGGUGCGUUGCCAACGCCCAAGAAACUCGAAGUGUCGGAUGACCGGUUGCAAGAUAUCCUGGAAGACAUCGACUCCAGCUGCAAACUCCUGCUUGAGGUGUGUGACGAGGGGAGCUUGUCCAAGCCAGCUUCUUCGACAUGGACGAACCCCCCCUUGGAUUUGGCUUCUGCAUCCUUGAUAACGGCCGUUAUAUUUAAGGUUUUCCAGCUCUGUGAAGUCCUACUCAGCGGCCAGGGCCUGAGAGUGCGCUCCAUGAAGGAUGUUCUUCUCCAGAAGAGACUUGACUUUAACAUCACCCAGGCGAGGGUUGUGGCGGCGCGGGUCGAGCAGUGGACGCAGAAUAGGCGGCUGAUUUCGCAGGAACUUUCGAAAAAGGCCAUGCAAAUCGAGGAAAGAUUCACUAGCCAGCGUGGACGCGGCUCCAUGGGGAUGGUUGCUGAACCUGAAAACAUGGAGUCUCCGAGGAUAUAG